UGAAGCUGGUAGCGGUAGCGUGCGUAUGUGUGCGCGUGGGUGCGUGCAGGAGGGAGAGGAAGCGAGACAUGUUACCAUGCGAAUGAUAUGUCAGAAGCUCAGACCAAACCCACAGCCGUCAACUAUGUAAUGCACGCCCUUUAUUUCUGUGUGCUUCCUUACUGGGCAUUAAAUGCUCACGCGCUUGUACGCAGAGCAUCCGAGCGCACAGGACCAGUAUCCAGUAUGGGUCUCCGGUACGCCCAAACCAUCCCUGCGUUUGUGCUGCUGAUACUGGCAAUAGUCGGGAUACUGCUGGUGGUCCUUCCGGCUAAAGAGAUUGAGAUGGCUCCUGAAAACAUGGUGUAUUCAGUGAACCUGUGUUAUCAGAGGUGCACUGAGUAUGGAAUCAUUCUGGAUGCAGGCUCAUCUCACACCUCCAUGUUCAUCUACAAAUGGCCGGCUGACAAACAAAAUGGCACUGGUAUUGUUACCCAGCACAGUGCGUGUCAUGCAAAAGGUGGAGGGAUAUCCAGCUAUGCAGGUGUUCGUGGUGGUGCUGCAAAAAGUCUUGAAGCCUGCCUGGAACAAGCUGUGAAGGAUAUCCCCAAAUCCAGGCACCAUCAAACUCCACUCUAUCUGGGUGCUACUGCAGGCAUGAGGCUCUUGAACAUAGUCAAUGCCACAGAGGCCCGGCAGUUACUGAAGGAAGUGGAAAACAAACUGCGGUCUUACCCUUUCAAAUUUAAAGAGGCAACCAUCCUGAGCGGACAGGAGGAGGGGGCGUAUGGUUGGGUCACAGCCAACUACUUACUUGAAAACUUUGUCAAGUAUGAUUUUGUCGGGCGUUGGCUGAAACCAGACAGAGAGACAAUUGGAGCUUUGGAUUUAGGCGGAGCUUCCACUCAGAUUACUUUUGAGACCUCGGAGAAGGUGGAGAACAAGGAUAAUGUGAUGGAGCUGAAGCUUUAUGGACAAACCUACAGACUAUACACCCAUAGCUUCCUGUGCUAUGGCCAAGAACAGUUCCUAAGGAAACUACUGGCUCAUCUUAUCACGAGUCAAGGUAUGAAUCCUCAAGUGAACCAUCCCUGCUAUCCACAACACUUCAACAUAUCUAUCAAGCUGGGGGAGGAUGUCUUUGAUUCUCCAUGUACUAAGAACUACAGACCAGCCCAGUUUAAUCCCCAGAUGUCUGUAUCUGUAGUGGGAACAGGAGAUUACCAGAACUGCCUGGACAACAUAAAAAAGAUGUUCUCCUUCGACAACUGCUCUUACUCCAAGUGCUCCUUUGAUGGAGUCUUCCAGCCCAGCGUAAGAGGAAGCUUCAUGGCAUUCGCUGCCUUCUUCUUCACUCACAGCUACAUCAACCGCCUCACCAACAUCCCCAUCACUUCCCCCAGUCGACUGAAGGAGGCAAUCCAACUCAUCUGCAACAUGACCAUCUCUGAGAUGACUGAAAAGACAAAGCAGCCAGAGAAAUACAUGAGGAAUGUGUGCGCCGUCUCCAACUAUGUCCAGGUCCUCUUAAUGCAGGGCUACGGUUUCAAUGAGCAGUCCCUUCAUUCCAUCUCUUUUCAGGAAAAGGCAGGAGGAGCAUCUGUAGGCUGGGCUUUGGGGUGCAUGUUGAGUCUGAGCAAUAUGGUACCAGCAGAGAGACUUGGACUGAUGAAGGCUCUGCCCUCAGGGCCCUGGGCUGGCAUUUUCUUCCUCUUCAUAACCUUUCUCCCCCUUGCAUUGGUAUACCUACUGAUGAUCUACAGAAACACAAGAACUAAAGAAGGCAUGGUGUAAGAGUGGGUGACACACCUCACAGUCCAAUUCAUAUUUCUCUUAGAGUAUGCAUAAAUCUGUCUAAAACUCUCAGUCUCAGUUUUGAAAAACAUUGCAAGUACAUUUUAGAUUUUUUUUGUUGCUCUUUAUUCUGUGUGUAUAUGUAAGUGAAAUCAACAAAGCAGUAAAAGGUGUCCUAUUUUCUUUGCAAAUCCACAAAUUUUCUGCUUGCUUCUGGAGACUCAGGUCAGUGUGUGUAAAAUUAAACUACAGAAUAAACCAUGUUUUCUAUAAA